AUGGCUGGUGGUGGUGUUGGUGUUGGUGUUGAUGAGGUCUCUUAUGUUAGCAUGGAUAAAGAAUGGGUAUUUCUUGAUCGUAGAACUGAUCAAUAUAUGGCUGGAUUGCAAGCGUUUAUCGACAACUCCAUAUUAGUUGCUAGUUUUGAAGGUAAAAUCAAGUGUCCUUGCAUUGAAUGCUACAACUGUGGGUGGAAAGAACCAAAAGAGGUUGAAGAGCAUCUUAAAGUAGAUGGUAUGUGCCCGGAUUAUCUUCAAUCACGGUGGAAGUGGCACGGUGAGGUGUUGCCAAUGGGUAACAUGGGAGAGCUGCCUACAGGGGCUGCAGAUAUAACUACUAUGCUCCAUGAUGCCUUUGGUAUACAUGGUCUCAGUCCUGGUGACAAUGUUGAAGAAGAAGAUGCACGUCCUCAUAACUUGACCCCUGAUGCGGAGAAGUUCUAUCGUUUGAUUGAAGAGGGUAAAACAGAAUUAUACCCAGGUUGUGGAAAGACAAAACUUGAUUUCAUAUUGCAGCUGUAUCAACUCAAGGCUAUAAAUUGUUGGACUGAUGUGUCUUUCACAGGUUUGUUGAACAUGUUAAAAGUAUGGUUUCCUGAAGCAAAUUUGCCUGCUAGUUUCUACCAAACUAAGAAACUCAUAACAGAUUUGGCAUUGCCUUAUGAAAAGAUAGAUGUAUGCCCUAAGGACUGUAUGUUAUUUUGGAAAGAUCAUGCUAAGGACGAAACGUGCAAAGUGUGUGGCAGCAAUCGCUACAAGUCCAAGAGUCGGUCUGGACGUACUAGAGUUGCAAAUAAGGUAUUACGAUAUUUUCCAUUAGGACCUCGACUUCAACGGCUUUACAUGUCAUGCCACACAGCUCAGAAUAUGGUGUGGCAUUCAGAAGAGAGGCAUGAUGAUGAAGUGCUUAGACAUCCUGCCGACUCGCCUGCCUGGAAACAUCUUGACACAAUGUAUCCAAAUUUUGCAUCAGAGCCACGUAAUGUUCGUCUUGGGUUAGCAAGUGAUGGAUUUAAUCCUUUUGGCAUGAUGAGUUUGUCCCAUAGCACGUGGCCAGUUGUGAUGUCAGUGUACAACCUUCCUCCAUGGCUUUGUAUGAAACAACCUUACUUGAUGCUUUCAUUGCUCAUACCUGUUCCAAAAGGUCCUGGAAAAGACAUAGAUGUAUUCCUUCAACCUUUAGUUGAUGAGUUGAAAACUUUGUGGAACCAAGGGAUACCCACUUAUGAUGCAUUCAAAAAGGAAACUUUUGACUUGCGUGCUGUGGUAUUGUGGACCAUCAACGACUUACCAGCAUAUUCUAUGCUAUCUGGUUAG